AUGGGAAAGAAAGAGUUUGUCGAAACGGACGACGGCGACAUAAAAGCCGAGGAUGUGGAAACGCCGAAAAAAGAGGACAAAAAGAAGGAUUAUCGACUGACGACGAAAGGAGUGAACAUCAAAAAAGGGAAGAAGAGUUUCAAAGAUCAGUUCUUCAUGAGCUACAAGGACGGACUGAAACUGAUCAAGAAAAUGAAUGCGAAGGGGAAAGGCGGGCAGAUUGUGCGCAAGAAGAUGCUGCGCCACGUGUCACUGCCCUAUCAUAUGUCCGGAAAAGCGGCUACCGAAGAGGCGUGCGACUGGAUUGCUCAGAACACCGUCGGAAAGUACAGGAAGGAGUGAGUUGGGCUUCUGAAGCACUGAAAUCAUUAAAAAUCGCUGCAGAUACAAAGGAAUCGUGGUGGCGGUGGGAAGCGUCGAGACCGCUUCGGCGCCACGUGUCAUUGCCGAUCAAUUCGCCUUCCACACCGACGUAUUCAUCAAUCAAAUUGUUUUUAUGUAUAUCAGUUUCAUAAUAGAAAAUUGUAGAAUUCCGCCGAUUUUCAGCCCAAAACUCGGUGAUCAGUACGAGGCGAAAGUGAAAUACGCUCAAGAAGGACUGAUGGUCGGCGUCGUAAUGGACAUGAUCACGAUUCACAUCAAGCAGAGCGAGCAGACUUCCGGUAGCCAUUGCAGCUCAAAAAUAUAUAUUUUUUUUUCAUUUUUCCAGAAGACCACGUAGCAAUUGAUGACAAAAUCCUUGUAAAGUACACGGGAAUUCGUAUCAAAAACUCGCUUUGUCAUUUGCGCGGAGAAUAUGUAAAAAUAAAGGAAAAGUGAGCAAAAAGAUCAGAAUUUGAUCUAAUUUAUGGCAUUCUUUCGAUUUUCAGAGCAGCAAUCAAAGAAGAAGAUGUCGCAGAAGCAGAAGUGAAAGUAGAAGUGAAAGAAGAAGUGGUGGAAGACGAGGAAAUGGACGAAUGA